AUUUAACUACGUUUUUCCAAUUACCUUCCCAAAAUAUAUAUAAAAAAAAGUGUAUUCAGGUUAACAAAAUGAAGGGAUAUAUUUUUAUGGCUGUAUCUUUAUUCAAUUUUGUCUAUAUAUUUGUAUUUCUUGUGCUUGCAUCAUGUACUCAGGCGAAAGAGUAUUGCAGUCGUAAUGGUAGACAAUGUCCACUGGGAUUUUAUUGUAGUAAUGGCGACUGCGCUGUCGAUAAUCGCGAAUAUGGCAAAAUAAAAGAUCCUGGAUUGAUAGGUUGUCGGGAGAAGCUGAAAGGUCAAUGUCAAUUCGUAGCAUACCAUCAUGGAUACUGUUAUUGCGACAAUAAAUGCCCUGGUUUAUACUACAAAAUAAUGCAAUGCAAGACAGGUACGCCAUAUUGCCGACCAGAUCCUGCUCAUUGUUCUACUGAUAACAAUUGUCAAGAAGCUAAUAAAAUAGCUGAUAGCUGCGGUGCAAUAUAUUAGAUUAGGUCUGUUAAAAAUA